AUGGCCGAAGCAGAACAAAUUGUGCUUCACCAGCACGCUUCAUCUAACACGAUACACCAUUGCAUGUACGGUUACUAUUGCCUCAAACUUAGCAAAGUUGAGCUCGCAAAAAUCUAUGGCAAGCAUCCGACGACAAUUUCGAACUGGAUUCAACGGUAUGAUGAGAACCAAAUCUAUACGCGGAAGGAGAGAGAACGGACGAGUUUGAAAUUUACUGCUGAAGAACGUGCGUGGAUAGUUCAGCUGUAUCAAAGCUGUCCUGUGUUGCUCCUCGACGAGGCGAAGCUGAGAUUCGAACAUCGCUUCAACAAGCCGAUAAGCGUGUCGUCGGUCCACCGAAUCUUGCACAUGGCCGGAUUCACGUGGAAGGUCAUUGAGCGCCGUGCAGUCCAGUUGCGCAUUAGCGAUGUUUAUCGCUAUUCGAACGACUUGUCGCUGACUUUGUGGGAUUACCACAACUUAGUUUUCAUAGAUGAGGUGUCUGUCGACAAUAAGGGUAUUUUAAGAUCAAAAGGCUAUUCGCCCAGUGGCGAACGUAUUAUUUGGAAGGGAGAAUUUGUACGGAAGCCGAGGGUGUCGCUACUCAGUUUUAUAGGCUAUAAUGGGCUGCUUGAAACGUUCUCGGUCGAAGGGACAUUUACUCGAUCAUCUUUUUUUGAGUGUGUACGCAACUUUGCUACUUCCGGUAAAGUAAUGCAGCACCCUGGAGUGAACUCCGUUUGGAUUUUAGAUGGCGCUAAAAUCCAUUGCCACCACGGCAUCGUGGAGUAUCUAAGAUCAAUGGGGAUCAUCGUAAUUUUCCUACCCGCUUAUUCGCCCUUUUAUAAUCCCAUCGAGCUUGUUUUUGGAUACCUUAAGCGAUAUUUGAAGCGAACUUACGUAGAAAAUUGUAAGACCGAUCUUGUAGUAGUUGUUGCCAGGGCUCUCAAAGCUUUUAGAAAUAGAAACUGUAUUAAUAUGUUUAGGAAGUGUGGAUACUUAGCAGGAGGUCGUUUCGAUCCAAGCAUUGGACUUAAGCAGAUGAAGCCCUCAACGGCUUGA